UUCCUUUUCCGGUUGCAUUAGGAGCCUGCUCCUGCAGACGUGUUCUUCCGGUGGCGGAGCGGCGGCUUAGCCUGAGCUGGGCAAAAUGGAGCUUGAGGCCAUGAGCAGAUACACCAGCCCAGUGAACCCAGCUGUCUUCCCCCAUCUGACCGUGGUGCUUUUGGCCAUCGGCAUGUUCUUCACUGCCUGGUUCUUCGUUUACGAGGUCACCUCUACCAAGUACACUCGUGACAUCUAUAAAGAGCUCCUCAUCUCCUUGGUGGCCUCACUCUUCAUGGGCUUUGGAGUCCUCUUCCUGCUGCUGUGGGUCGGCAUCUAUGUGUGAGCACCCAAGGGUAACAAUCAGGCGGCUUCACUGAAUCCCUGCUUUUGUAAAUUACUUUUUUUACUAUUGCUGGAAGCAUCCCACCUGCUGCUAAUAAUAAAGGCAGAUGUAUGGCA